AUGACAUGUUGGCCUCGCAAUCACCCGGUCCUGUUCCCACAUCUGAGGACGGAUCACUGGACCAAGAUGAAGACAAUGGUUCCAGAUUAUAUGACAUCGAUGCCCAGUGAUUUCCUGAAGAGGACUGCUGAAGGAGACAAGAGCACGCUGCCCUCUCUCACCACGGAUCGGGAUUAUGAACCAGAAAUAAUUUUGUCACAUUACGCCACCCAAACCAGACCAAACACAUCUUCCCCAAUCUACAGCAUGUCGCAGUACAGGAACGCCUACAACGACAGAGCCAGGCUGGGCUUCUGCUACUGGCUGAUUGAGAAGAAGGCUCCGAAACGUAAAGGCUACAGCUUUGGUGCCUACAAAACAUAUAAUAACUAG